AUGGCCCAGCCCAUAGCUGAGCCUGUCGAGGAUCAUGACUACGAAUCCCUCCCGCCAAAUUUCUCCCUCGUCCAGAACAUGACGGCGGGGGCUUUUGCCGGCAUCGCGGAACACGUAGCCAUGUAUCCCGUCGACGCGAUCAAGACCCGAAUGCAGAUUCUCAACCCUAAUAGCACACCCGCCGCUACUGGAGUCCUGCGCAGCACAUACCAAAUGGCCACCGGCGAGGGUUUCUUCAGCUUGUGGCGCGGCAUGUCCAGCGUCAUUGUUGGCGCCGGCCCUGCUCACGCCGUCUACUUUGCCACGUACGAGGCCGUCAAGCAUGCCAUGGGUGGAAACCAAGCUGGCGUGCAUCACCCCCUUGCCGCUGCUUCCAGUGGAGCGGCGGCGACGAUUGCGAGCGAUGCCUUCAUGAACCCUUUUGAUGUUAUCAAGCAGCGCAUGCAAAUUCAAAACUCGAGCAAGAUGUACCGAUCCAUGGUCGAUUGCGCCAAGUAUGUCUACAAGAACGAGGGCCUCGGCGCAUUCUACGUCUCCUACCCGACCACCUUGUCCAUGACAGUCCCCUUCACCGCGCUCCAGUUCCUCGCAUACGAGUCUAUAUCUACCGCCAUGAACCCCCGAAAGACCUACGACCCCGUGACGCACUGUCUUGCCGGUGCUGUCGCCGGUGGUCUCGCUGCCGGUCUUACCACCCCCAUGGACGUCAUCAAGACGAUGCUGCAGACGCGCGGCUCAUCGCUCGACCCCCAGGUCAGGCAGGUCAACAGCUUUGCCGGCGGCUGCCGAUUGCUGUACCAGCGCGAGGGUUUCCGCGGCUUCUUCAAGGGUGCCCGUCCUAGGGUUAUCACCACCAUGCCGAGCACUGCAAUCUGCUGGUCGGCAUACGAAUUUUUCAAGGCUUACUUCAUCAAGCUCAACGACACUUCUCUGUGA